AUGACGAAGGCAUCAUCCAUCUCCAGUCGUCGCUCACACUUCUACCUACCACAUCACGGUGUUCUCAAGCCUGACAGUACAACAACGAAGCUGCGAGUCGUAUUUAAUGGCUCCAGCGCAUCAACAUCGGGCUACUCUGCUAACGACCUCAUGUAUACUGGAGCGAAAUUGCAUCUGAAUAUCUCAGAUGUUCUCCUCUGGAUACGAAGACAUCGACACAUUUUCGCUACGGACAUCACCAAGAUGUACAGGCAGAUCAAAAUUCACAAGGAUGACUGGGAGUUGCAACGGAUACUCUGGAUGGACGAUCAACUCAAUGAAGUGCCAUAUCAUCUGACAACCAUCACCUACGGGACAAAGGCCGCGCCGUUCUUGGCCGUACGGACGCUACUACAACUAGCAGAGGACGAAGGACAUAAGUAUCCACUGGCUGUGCCAUCCAUCACUCAUGGCAGGUAUGUCGAUGACAUAUUUGGUGGUGCAGAUACAAUUCAACAAUUGCAGGAGGUCGCACAACAACUAAAGGGCCUCUGCAUGGCGGGCGGCUUCCCACUAGCAAAAUGGCAUGCAACUCAUCUCGACAUACUCAAGACUGUCACCGACAGCGAAGACCAAGGCUUACCAAUCACAUUCGACGAUUGCGCAACCAAGAUACUCGGACUUAAAUGGCUCCCUCAAGAAGAUACCUUCGCAUUCUCAACGCGAAGCUCACGCAAGGAAAGCAAGCUCACAAAACGCCUCGUCUUAUCUGAAGUGGCUCAGAUAUUCGAUCCACUUGGCUUUGCAUCACCCGUCGUGAUCAAGGCCAAAAUUCUCUUGCAGGAGCUGUGGCUGCACAAGCUCCAAUGGGAUGAUCCACUGCCAUCCCAGCUCUCAACCCGGUGGCUCUCCAUCAGAGAAGAACUCACAAGUCUGGCCAGACUCUCAAUACCUCGGUGGCUCAAUACAUGGAGCGACUCGCAA